AUGCGUUCUGUGUAUUCCGUAGUUGAAGAUAAUCUUCGGAAUAAUCAUAACAAUCAUAAUAAUCAUAAUAAUAUUAAUAAUAAUAACCAUAAUAAUACCAGUCACACAAUCCUGCCAACAUAUAUUCCACACGAAUAUCAUGCAUUACCAGAACAAGAAGCAUCGAAUCUCUUCCGAUUGAUUGAAGAAUCCCCGAAUGGGACAGAAAUUAUCGGUGUUUCAAAAUAUCUACACCAGUAUAUUCUAUUCAAUUUACAAUUCCAUUCUAGCCAAAAUCAAAAUCAUGCCAGCAAGAUGAUUAAUUUUAACAAACUCCAGUUCAAUUUUCAAUUGCUUGAUACACAUGACCCGUUGACAAAUGCGUUAGAUUUAGAGUCGGUUAGCGGGAAAUUAACUGUAAAGAAGCGUAUCGAUCGUGAAGCUCUAUGCAGUGGUAAUUCUUUCCCUUCGACAAUUACCAGCAGUAGCAGUAGCACCAGCCUCGGUAGUAGUAGUAGCAGUUCAAGGUUCCCAAUCAACGGUAGACCUCCGCUAUUUUUACAAAACACACUGAACACUGAUAAAUAUUUAACUAAUUUAGGCUAUUUUAUUAAUCCCAUGCAUAUAAUAUCAAAUAAUUUAAAUAAACGGUGUAUUAAAACACUUCACAUUCUAUCGACUACACAGAUAUUAGAAUUAAAUCAAGUCGAUAUUAAAAAGAUACCUAUUGAUUUAUUGAUUAUCGAUAUUAAUGAUAAUAGUCCAACAUGGAUAUCAGUUAGUAAUGGAAUGAACUUCCAUCCAACUAGAACAGCAACAUCUACUACUGAUAACAGCAUUAAUAGUAGUAGUUAUCAGACGAAUAUACCCAGUAUUAUUGUACAGUUAUCUGAAAUCCCUAAAGAUUCUGGAGACGACUAUCCCAGUGUACAAACACAACAUCGUCAGCAAAAGUAUCUCCAGCUACAAUCAUCACGUACAGUACUACCAAGAGCUUAUGAUCCUGAUGAAGGAGCUAACAGUCAAGUUACCUAUCAUCUAGAGUCAAUCAAAAAACCGAUCAAUAAUCAGAACAAUAUCGAUCCUACUGAAUAUAUUCCGUUUAUUUUAGAAGAUAAUCCCAGUGGACCAUUGGAGCUAAUUUCAACAAUUAAUUUAGAUUAUGAACAGAAACAACAUUAUGAAUUUUAUUUAUUAGCUACUGAUUCUGGAUUACCACAACGUACAGGUACUGCGCUAAUAAAAAUCAAUAUAAUCGAUGUAAACGAUCAUCCACCGAUAUUUGAUAAAUCAAUAUUCUAUCCACCAAAUGGGGGGAUCUCGGAGAAAACCCUCCCAGGUACUGUGGUAUUAAAUUUAUCGGCUACAGAUGAAGAUGCUUCACCGAUGAAUAAUAGGAUCCGAUAUACAAUGGUUCCAGGUACACUGGCGAUGAAUUAUUUCAGUGUACAGGCGGAUGGUACAAUUAUCUUGAAACGUUGGUUAGAUUAUGAGACGAUGGAGACAAGUUUAACAGAUGACCAGUUGUUAUUUAGUUCAUUUCUGUCAGAUAUACCAUCAUCAUCACCGACAUCAUCGUCCAACCUCAAUAAUCAUAACAUGAAUCAGAAUUCUAAAAGAUUUGUCUUCCAAGUGAAAGCUAUCGAUUCUGCACCUCAACCAUAUGAACGCAGUAGUACGGCGGUGGUUAUUAUCCCUGUGAUUGAUGAAAAUGAUGAAAUCCCCAUGAUAUCAGUGAAAUUUCUUGGUUCUUCGGAGAUGACAAGUCAAGGAGAAACAGAUUUUAUCGAUUAA